AUGUCAUCGUUGUUCGUUGCAGAGGAACCGGACCAGCCCGAGGUGCACGUGAAGCUCGAGCCUGGGGUUGAGGCAGAUACAGAGACUAUACAGAUAAAGACGGAAGACAUUGAAAACAAAGGGAAAGAGGAGAUGAGCCAGCAAGUGGAAGGAAGGGAUCAUGAGAUGAAAUAUUAUGACGAUGAAGAAUCUGAUUCUGAAGACGAGGAUCUGGAUGAUCCGAUUGUCGACACGAUUCCAUUGCAUCUCAACGCUACUGUCAAGGGCGAGACAUUGGCUCCUUUACUUUUGCAAUUUCCGAACAAGUCUCGCCACUCACAUCUCGCACAAAACCACAUUUCCGCGUUACACAAGCUACAAAUCAAACCUGAAUCAGGGGUAGUGGAGUUGCGUUUACCGUUGGAUACGAGCAACUUCUUCAGUGAGACUGCGUCUGAAAAAUAUAACGUCUCUGAACAAAUUCUCCGAGGAGUAAUCAUACAUGACGAACCGAUUGGGAAGCCUUCAGAUGGCACAAUCCCAUCCAUUUCGGUGAUUCAGCCGAAAAAUGCCAGCGAGAGCGAUAAGGUGAAGCAAGAGAAGAAAUCUGCGUCCAUGUCGAACAAUCCUCUCAAUUCACUGACUUCGAUCCGCACACAGCCUGGCUCUGUUGGCGGUAGUCGAUACCUUGUUGGAGUUCAGGACAAGGAGGGGAGGCUGCAUGUAACUCCGCUGUCGGACACUUGUAUGCUUCGUCCGCACUUCUCGUACAUCGACCAAUCGAAGAUGAGUAAACUGGAACGUGAGCGUGAGCUGCAGCGUGAGCUGAACGGAGCAGGUAGCGACAGUCAUAGCGGCAACGGGAAUGGCUCCGGCAACGGAAACGGCAAUAGUGAGGGAGACAAGAAGAUGAAGAAUGUGAGUGUCGUCACGAUGAGUGCCAAGAGCACGAAGGAAAACGUCCCAAGGUUGGGAGGAGCCUUGUUGAGCGCUAAGUUGGAAAACGAAGAAGAGGGUUCUGAGUUAGCGAUUCUGCCAUGCGACGAGGAGUUCAUAGCGAAGCAUUUCGUUGAGACGUCCAACAACGUAUUGAGGUCUAAGUUCACACAAGACGAGUAUUUGGAUCUGCUCUUUGAGCAGACGAAGCUGUAG